AUGGAGUCGAUAGAGACCGUGGAGGUAGUUUCCGAGAACGGUGCACGGUUUCGCUACCACUGCCCAGUGAAACUACUACGGAAUAUGUCUUUGGAUGCGUCCCACUACAGUCCGCAGUUUACCGUUGGGGGGUACACGUGGCGUUUACACUUGCAACGACGCGCUACCGCCGCGAGUGGUGAGGAAUUUCUUUCCAUUCACCUUCAAAGCUGCACGAACGCAGCAGUAGUGGCACAAUUCAAAUUGCUUUUACAAUGCUACGAGGAUCCCCCGUCGUCGAAGGGCCACAUCUUUCGCUGCACGUUUAAGAAGUCCGGAAGUGCGUGGGGCAUGAAUGAGUUUAUUCCGAUGUGGCGUCUCAUUCAACAGGAGAAUGGAUUUGUUUAUGAGGAUGAGGGGUCUGGUGCACUUUACUUUGACAUUGAUGUUCUGCUAAAAAUUGUCGACGCCAAUGGUCAGAGUUAUGGUAACGGAGGCUUUGAGACAAACGUGCUUCCUGGACGCUCAAGCUCACCUCCGGCACAACUCAAUUUUCAUCAGGACCCAAAUCGUGCCCUUUCGCGCAUGCGUUCACCCAUGGAAUACAGAGGUGUUGGCCCGACAAGAUCCACGUCUGCCAGGGGCCAUUUGAUCGUGGCGCCAGAGAACGGUUUCAUUGUAGGUGGUGGGCAGGCAGUGGUUCGGGCACCACUUUUAUACCCAUUUGAGCAUCUUGAGGCGCUGACGGAUAUGACGUUUGACAUUCAGGGUGUUCGAAUGAAGGCGCAUCGGUGUGUUAUUGCCGCUCGUAUGCGUCCUCUUCUACCAGAGAAUGUACUGCCACUGCAACCGGGUUGCGUUGUGACGAUUGCAGUGACGGCAGAUGUUUUCUCUGCAUUCUUGCGGUAUGUUUACACGGAGGAAUGUCCACAACAAGGGGUCUUACCGCCUGAAGCGCUUCUGGAUUUGUAUUUAUUGUCUUCCGCAUGUGAAUUCUAUGAAUUAUCGGGAGUCUGCUUGAAUUUUGUGCGACCGCUUUUAACGAAUGAAAAUAUUCUUCACAUUACACUGACGCGGUAUAAUGCGGGGGAUGAAGUUUUAAACGCCUUGUACCUUCGUGUUCUUUUAGAGAACUACGAUUUUCUUAUUCAGGAUCCGAAGUUUGAGGAAAUUCCGGGCCACCUAUUCCGUCGUCUUUCGCUCAUUCUACGUGACAAGGAGCCGGUCCCUCAGGUGACUAUCCCGACGUCAAAGAACACGCUUGGCAGACAGUUGGCAUGGCUGGCGGAGUCGGGGGAGUACAGCGACAUGGAACUUGUGGUGGGUCCGAAGCACUUGAUAGUGAAGGCACACCGCUACAUUUUAGCCUCACGCUGCGUUCUUUUCUCUCAAGCCAUAAAUCCACGAUCCUCCGUGGCAGUACCGCCCUUCACCGCCGCGGAGUUUGACUUCUCACAACGAUCAUGGCAGAAGCUGCUCAUUGGGAUUUAUCGCCAUCAUCUUGAGUCUUAUCGCGAUUUCUCUGCUGAAGAUGUGGCAAUCGUCUUUAAGAUGCACAGUGUCUUUGGUAUGGAUGGGCACCUGAAGCGGGAGGCGGACGAAGCCUUUAAUCACCAAAAUGCUCUUCGCCUGCUUAUAUAUGCCGUGAAGCACCAGGUGCCAGAGCUUCAUGAGCGGGGGAUUAGCUACGUGGCAAGCAAUUUUAACGCACUCAUUCAAAAUGACCCACAGGCAUGGGAGCUCGUAAGUGAGUUACCGCAGCACGCAGUGCUGGCACUCUUCCGCAUGGUGGUAGAGAGCCAGAGGUGA